AUGCCGAUUGCUACAGAAAGCGUAGAACUCCCCAUCCCUCUCGUUGCUCCGGUCGCUGACAACUGCAGCACCAGACAGCGUUUUGCAUGCAGCAGCAGCCAGCGCAAGCCUACAGAGAGCAGCGCAUUUGAAGGUGAAUGGAGGAUAAGCGGGAAGCCUUUUCUUGAUAAGCAGCUACUGAUUCCUCCUCUGUCUCACGUGCUGCAGCAAAUGCCUAAGCAGCAGCAGCAGCAGCAGCAGCAACAUCGAAUUCGCGUUGUUCCAGAUAUGCAGCAGUUCCCGCUGCUGCAGGCGCAGGCCGAGAAGUUUUUGGCAGACAUCCACAG